AUGAGCCAAUGUAAAAAAAAAAAAAAAGGCUGCCUUUUCCAUUAAACUUUUGCCGUGAGUAAAUUGUCCUUAUCUCAGUGGUACAACUUCCUGUGAUCCUCUUUCCGUGUAACUCCCUUCCCCCCACGACUCUUGUAACCUCUCUGUUCACCGGGCAGCAGGGCUGUAAACGACACCGGGGCUAUUAAUUAAUUAAUGGCCUUUAGCCGAGCGGCUGGCUCUCUGGGCCGGGCUCAGGCAGAGAGCACAGUAUCUCUGUUUGGAGACAUUAAGACAACAAGAGACCAGAGCAGCAUUCAUGUAGAGGAGCUGGUGGCUGUUUCACGCUGUACCUCUAUCAAUCACCUGCAUCAUUGUGAUCCUGCACAGUUUUCUGGCCAGAAAGAAGCAGCAGGGGGAGGGAUGAGACGUGGGAGAAGAAGAGGGAAAAUGGGGAUGGAGGGGCCUAGGCAUCAACCGCCUACCCUCGUCCCAUUGCUGAUGAGCGUGACGGCUGUGUUGAUAUCACACCACGUCUUCAACGCCGCUGCACAGAUACCAGACCCAGAGCUUCUGCCAACAGACCCUCCAAAAAAGCCAGAUCCAGUCACUUCAGAAACUGUGGUGUUUUGGGGUCUUCGAUUAUGGCAGGUUAUAGGCAUUUUCUCCAUGUUCAUCCUAGCAAUUAUAAUAACACUGUGCUGCAUCUUCAAAUGCCGAAUUCCACGAACGAAAAAAGAGAUAGAGGCUCGAAACGUACAAAGACAAGCAGCGAAAACGUAUGCCAACACACUGGAGACGGUGCCCCCCCUCAACGAACUCACGGAGGUGCCGGGAGCGGCUAAGGCUGAGGAGAAGAAGGAGGAGGUGCCAACCGUUGCGGGCAAGGUUGAUGCUGAGAAGGGAAAGAAGAAAGAAAAAGAAGGCAAAAAGGAAGGCAAGGGUGCAAAAGAAGGAAAAGAAGGGAAAGGAGAAGAGGAGGAAACCACAAAGAAGAAAGGAGAAAAGGGGGAGAAAGGAGCACCGAAGAAAGAGGUAUCGGAUGGAGGGAAAGGUAAAAAGGGAGGUGGAGAGAAAGGAGGAGAAAAAGGAGAAGAAAAAGGAGGGAAAGGAGGCGGAGCCAAGGGCGGUGCCAAGAAGCCUGUAAAGAAAUGA